AUGACUCCUCCGCCAGGCUCGCCCGGCCCUUCCUCCACCGUUUCCUCCAAAGCGCCGUCCACCACCUCCUUCGACCAGAGCCAUGGAGAGCAGCAGAUGACCCGCGCUCUCGAGGACAUUCGCUCGUCGCUGCCCGCCAACGGCGAUGUCCUCCCUACACCUCCCUUGCAGGGAAAAUCCGCGAAACCCUCCAUGGCCCAUCGCAUCACCCGCAUGUUCAGCGAGCGGAAACCCGCCUCCACUGCCUCGCCCAAGGACUCGGACGGAGGAGGAUUUCGAGAUACAGGUUCUGAGUCGAGUUCAGAUGGACCAAAACCCUCUCUUAACGGCACUGUGCGCUCGGCCGUGCCUCAGACGCCCUCUCGCCAGGCGUCAUUGAGCGAAAAGCCUGCCGAUGGGCUCGUCAAGGGCCGCGGCAAAGAAAAGGAAGCGCCCACCGUCCACAAGCGCUAUGAACUUAUCGACGGCCUUCACAAACACCACCUCAAGGGCACCAAACGACAGGAAAAACUCACCGGCCUACUACGAGACAUGCUGGGCGCCGGCAAAAAGAAAGAGGACCACGUCGACGACCAGCAGUUGUCGCUGGUUUCGAGCUGGGUCGAUCAACUGAAAAACGAACGCGACAAACUGGCGCAGGACAAAAAGGGAGGCCCCAAUGCGACGGCCACGUUAGUCGACAAGUACGGCAAAUGCCAGGAGAUUGUCGGCCGCGGAGCCUUUGGUAUUGUUCGCAUUUCGCACAAGGUCAACCCAAAGGACUCUCGCAUGGAACAGCUGUAUGCCGUCAAAGAAUUCCGACGCCGUCCCCAAGAGACAUCGAAAAAAUACCAAAAGCGACUCACAUCCGAAUUUUGUAUCUCGUCGUCGUUACGCCACCCCAAUGUUAUCCACACCCUAGAUCUUUUACAAGACGCCAAGGGCGACUAUUGCGAAGUGAUGGAAUACUGUGCGGGAGGCGACCUGUACACGCUCGUGCUGACUGCCGGCAAACUUGAAGUCAACGAAGCAGACUGCUUUUUCAAACAACUAAUGCGGGGUGUUGAGUACAUGCACGAGAUGGGCGUUGCCCACCGUGAUUUGAAGCCAGAAAAUCUUCUCCUGACUACUCACGGAGCGCUGAAAAUCACCGACUUCGGCAAUGGCGAAUGCUUCCGAAUGGCGUGGGAAAAGGAAGCACACAUGACGGCUGGCUUGUGUGGCUCAGCUCCGUACAUCGCGCCUGAGGAGUACACCGACAAGGAAUUCGAUCCACGGGCAGUUGAUAUCUGGGCUACCGGUGUGAUCUACAUGGCUAUGAGAACCGGGCGACACCUGUGGCGGGUGGCCCGCAAGGACGAAGACGAGUUUUAUGAGCGCUACCUCGAAGGUCGACGAGACGAGGAUGGGUACGCGCCUAUUGAGACGUUGCAUCGGGCUCGCUGCCGCAACGUCAUCUAUUCCAUUCUCGAUCCGAACCCCGGCCGACGUAUCACUGCCUCGCAGGUGUUGAAGUCGGAAUGGGUUCGCGAGAUUAAAUUGUGCAAGGCUGGCGAAGAAGGCUACUGA